GCAGUUCGAUUCCAAAUUGCGAGUUCCGCGGAGGUCCGCACAUCGAAAUUCGGUCCGAAGAACGACGAGCAAAAAAAAAAGUGGCCAUCGGCAGUGUGUCCCAGGUGCGCCGUGACCGCAAAAAGACAAAUAUCCCGAUCGUUUCGCGUGUGCUGUCGCGCUGAAUAUGUAACGCGAAUAGUUUUGAAUUUUUCCAACAAUUUUUUUUUAUUUUGUUGUUUUUCGUGUUCCGUCGACGACGACGAGUUGGAAGUUUUUUUUUCGGUUCUUUUCUGGGUGGUGAUUUUUUGGCUGCGUGGAGAAGGCCAAAUUGGACGGAGGAGCACUUUGGAAAAGAAUCGAGUUCAAGUGAUUGCAAACAACUGCAAAUUGAAGCAAUUACCGAUUUAGGGAAGCGGGACGACGACGACGAAGACUAGGGUGGUCCAAAAUUAAAGGGAAGCAGCAUGGACGCGAAACCGCUGCAGGUGGUCGAGGCGGGCGAGGACCACACGUUCAUCCUGAACGAGGAUGCCCUGACGGAGAUUCUGCUCCAGGACAGCAUCAAGGACCGGUCGGUGGUGGUCAUUUCGGUGGCCGGUGCCUUCCGGAAGGGCAAAAGCUUUCUGCUGGACUUUUUCCUGCGAUUCAUGUACUCAAAGUACGUUCACCACCAGAGUGCGUCAGAGUGGCUGGGGGAUGAAAAUGAACCGUUGACGGGAUUUUCGUGGCGUGGUGGCAGCGAACGGGACACGACCGGCAUCCUGAUGUGGUCCGAUAUCUUUCUGCAUGACAAACCGAACGGCGAAAAGCUCGCCAUCAUCCUGCUGGACACGCAGGGCACCUUCGACAGCCAGAGCACGGUGCGGGACUGCGCGACCGUGUUCGCGCUCAGCACGAUGCUCUCGUCCGUGCAGAUCUACAACCUGUCCCAGAACAUCCAGGAGGACGACCUGCAGCAUCUUCAGCUCUUCACCGAGUACGGCCGACUCGCGCUGGCCGACAGCGGCAAGAAGCCGUUCCAGCGGUUGCAGUUUCUGGUGCGCGACUGGAGCUUUCCGUACGAGGCCGAGUACGGUGCGUUGGGCGGGGAGGUGUUGCUGAAGCGACGCAUGGAGGUGCAGGAGAAGCAGCACUCGGAGCUGCAGUCGCUGCGGCGUCACAUCGCGAGCUGUUUCACGGAGAUUGCCUGCUUUCUGAUGCCGCAUCCGGGCUUGACGGUGGCCACGAACCAGACGUUUGACGGGCGGCUCGCGGACAUUACGCCCGAGUUUAAGAACAGCUUGAAGGAGCUGGUGCCGAUGCUGCUGGGGCCGGAGAAUUUGAUUCCGAAGGAGAUUAAUGGGCAGCGGGUGAAGGCGCGGGAUUUGGUUCAGUACUUCAAGUCGUACAUGGCGAUCUACAAGGGCAACGAGCUGCCGGAACCGAAGAGCAUGCUGGUGGCGACGGCGGAGGCGAACAACCUGACGGCGGUGGCCGCGGCCAAGGACAUUUACGCCCAGCUGAUGGAGGACGUUUGCGGUGGCAACAAGCCGUACCUCAGCUCGGCCCAUCUCGACUCGGAGCACGGCCGGAUCAAGGAGAAAGCACUGCAUCAGUUUUCCUCCAAGCGCAAGAUGGGCGGCGAAGAGUUCUCGGAAAAGUACCGCGAAAAGCUCGAACAGGACCUGGACGAACAGUUCGGCACGUUCCGGGCGCACAACGAAAGCAAGAACAUCUUCAAGGCGGCGCGGACGCCGGCCGUCUACUUUGCGAUCGCCGUCGUCAUGUACAUCUUCAGCGGAAUCUUCGGCCUGGUCGGCCUGUACACGUUCGCCAACUUUGCCAACCUCAUCAUGGGCGUCGCGCUGCUCACGCUGGCCACGUGGGCCUACAUCCGGUACAGCGGCGAGCUGAGCGACUUUGGCGUGCGGUUAGACGAGAUCGCGAACCUCCUCUGGGAAAACAUCAUGAAGCCCAUCUACCAGUCCUGCAUGGAGAAGGGCAUCCAGCACGUGGCGAACCACGCGACCGAGUACGCGAUCGGCGGAGCAGGAGCAGCAGCCUCACCGACGGGUUCCGGGGCCGGAAGUCCGCGCGGCCGCCAGCUCAACGGCAAGGUCAAGCACUCUUGAGAGUACGCUCGUGACGGCGUUGACGACGGCUGGUGGUGGCAACGGUGGCGUAGACCAACAACCGCCGGUAGAUCCGGAGGAGGAGGACGAAUGGCCUGGUGGCCAUCCGGAAGUGGCGGCAGCAGCUCCAACAACAACAACAACAACAACAGUAGGUUAAGUGAUGUUUUCGAUAGCCUUAGAGGUAAAAAUAGCAGCAGCAGCAGCAGCAGAACCGUUAAACGAACUAUCGACACCGAGAACAAUAACAGCAGCAGCAGGACGACAAGUCGUGUGAUAAGACGAACGAAGAAGUAGGAUGGUUCAACUCCCCACCCCCCAAGCAAGAAAACAAAAACAAACACACGCACUCACACACAAAACCAUAAAUCAUUUAUGUUGCAUUUUUUGCCCCCUCUUCUUUCUCCUCUUCAUCUUGUUAAGAUAUUAUUAUUUUUUUCUGUUUGUUUCUGUUGUGAGUCUUGUUCCACAGAGAUCCCAAAAUUUAUACAACCAUUGAGAAGCUUAGUCAAAAUUUUAAACAUGUACCCGAUUUUGCCGCAAAUCUGAACCGGAAAUGGCGUACAGAGCUGAAACGAAAUAAAAAAAACGCAAGCAAGGCGGUUCGAAACCCAAAAUACAGUAAAGUUGAAUUUCAAAAGCGAAAAUGUGUGUGCGCGAUAAAAAAAAACAACAUGAAUUAAAAACAAAAUGUGCCAAAAUUGUUUUCUAGCAUACGCGUGCGCGCGCGCGCGUUUAAAGCAAACCCACUCACAGAAAAAGGCAGUUGUUUAUUGAAAGAAGCUUUUUUUUCUUGCCAGAAAACACACGAAAGCACACACACAUACAUAUAAUAUAUUCAGAUUUUUGCUGCAUUUUGUGGCAACAUUGAAAUUGUUGAAGAGAUUUCAUUCGAACGGCUUGAAGAGAUGACGAAAAAUUUACGGAAAUAGCGCGAUUUUGAGCGGUUUUAAGCACAUUUAUACUGCUGUUCACGGUGAAGUGAAUGUUGCAAACCAAAGUUCGACGAGCAGUAAAUUCAUGCUGAAUGCUAGCAUGUUGGCAGUGGUAUCGCCUCGUGGGGCUUUAUUUCAUGAAUCAGAAAUACUUUCAAAUUUUAAUUUGAAUGUUUAGUCUCAAAAUCUUGUUUUCGCUCAAGCUUAACUGAUCCUGAUUUUGAAGUUACGAUUGAAAUUUGUAAUAGCAUUAUUUACGUUAUUAUUUUUGCUUAAACGAUACACUUUUCAUUGUUUCAAAAAUGUGAAUGUUGCUGUUUUAUAAUUUCUAUAAGAUAAAACGUUGCAAUAAAUCUGAAAUUUGUGUCAGAUUCAUGACUUUAAAAGAUUAAGAUAUUUUAACACACGCUGGUCAAAAAUAAUUUUUCGAUUUAAAAGGAGUUUUGCAAUUUGAAAAGAAUUCUGCGAUAAGAAAAAAAAUCUAGAUUUCUGGAAUCUAUAAUAUUGAAAUUCUUAAGUUCUCAAAUUCUAACAUUUUCAAAUUUUAUUCUUCUAAAAUUGUAAAAUUCCAGCAUUCUAAAAUCUUAAAUUUAAAAAAAAAUGCAAAGAUUAUAAAUUCUAGAGUAAAAUUUCAAAACAACCUAUGAGUCAUGGGUUUCCUAUGCAGAUAGGACCUUUUGAAAAUUUAAGCUAGAAUUUAGUUAAUUCUUUUCUAAAUUUUUAAUUUUGAAAUUCUAAUAUUCUUAAGUUUAAAAUUGUAAAAUUCAAACAUUCUUGAGUUAAACAAUUUAAAUUUGUUUCUUUUUUAAUUUUGAAAGUUCGAAUUCAAGAGCAUAUUUCAAAAUCUAAACAAAUUCUAGUAUUCCUGCAUUUGAAAAUACAGUCCAAACUCGAUUAUCCGAAGGCCUCGGAAAAAUUUCACUUCGGAUAAUCGAAUCUUCGGAUAUUUGAAUCACGAAAAAAAUAUCUUUUUAGUUGUCAUAUUUAUCAUGGUCGAGCUUAAGUAUGACCAAUAAACUACAAUGAUAUAGAAUUUUUAAAUCCAAGAUGGCGGCUAAAGUGGCGGUAAUAACAUAUUGAAAAAAAAUCAUUUUUUAAUUUAAAAAGCAAUCAAAUAUUCAAUUUUGACUAAAAUGAAGUAGCAGAACUCGAAUUUGAUGUUUUAGGGUAAAGAAAAUAAAAAAAAAAAACAAAAAUAAAUUGUUUGGUCAUGAUUCGAUUAUCAGAAGUCCCAUACAAACCUUCGGAUAAUCGAGUCUGGACUGAAUAAAAAAUCUAAAAAUCUUCAAUCCUUUUUAAAUUUGGUAAUUUCUGGAAUUUAAAUUUUCUUUACAUGAUUAAAUAAAAAAAAUAUACAUUCAGAAAGAAAAAGUCCAAAACUCGUUAAUAAAAUAAAAAUUCUGAAAUUAUUUGAAAAAGUCAUAUUUUUUCGAUCGUUGGUCGUAAUUUUUCAAUGACGUUAUUUUUUUCGUGAAAUUACGAUUCAAAAUAAGUUGAUCGAUUGCAAAAAUUCCACUAUCGCCCUAAAACAUUGUAUGUUUUAAAAAUAGCUGCUUUCAAACAAAUUCAAACUGCAGUUCAUGGUGAAGUGAACUGUGCCUACCUGAGUGCGGCGAGCAGGAAAUUCAUGCUGAAUACUAGCAUAUUGGCAGUGGUAUCGCCUCUUGUGGCAAUGUUUCUUGUAAUUUCAUGAAUCAUUCGCAAGUUUGACAAUGGCUUCACAUCUCAAAAAGCAUUAGAAUGAAUAAUCCACGAUUGUUUAAGGAAAAUUCUUUGAUUUUGCUCAAAAUAAAGCGCAGUUUAUGCGAUUGCUAAAUUUUUCGUCAUCUCUUCAAUUCGCAAGAAAAACCUUGAAGGCAAAACGUAUGAAAGUAAAACAAUUUCCCCAUUUUCCCCAUCUCGUAAGGGUCGGGUUUUUACAAUUUUUUUUUCUUUUUUAAGUGUCUUCACGUUAGUUCUAAAUGUAAUAUAAAGGUUAGCGGAUGAAACACAGAACACGGACGAGUUAAUAAUGUGUAAAGUAAAGAAAUUGAAGAACCACACGCGGUUAUGAAAUUGCAAUAUAUUUUAUUUGAUAUUUAUAGUACAUGAAAUCAUCUAACAACGCCCUAGUUCGUAACAUUGACCUUUUAGCGUGAUAAGUGGAUGUGUGACCGGAGAAGAAGAAGAAAACAACAACAUUGUUAGAUAGGUGUAGCUGAUUUUUCAUAGUGUUUAAAACGUAAGAAACUAACUUGGCGCAUCCGUGUCACCUUUUUGCAGCAUUGGGACCGUACUAAAAUGAAUGUUUUUUCACCUGUUUAGUUUUACAACUGUUAUUCGAAACUUCUUUUUAUAAAGACACAAACAAAGUAAAUUUUUGGUGUGUGUGCAUUUUUUGCUCAACCUCUCAUCGAUUUAAGAGAAGAAAAAAAAAUUACAAAAAGGUACAUUACAGAAUCAUAAAAAAAUCAAUAGGCAUUGUUGUGUUGUCCGCCUUUGCAAGCAUCAAGAAAAUGGCUUUUGUAAAUUAGGCGCCACGCUGCUUGAACAACAACAAAACAAAAAAGAAAAAGAAGAGUGAAGCCCUUUUUGUGUGCGCUUCAGCAAGUAGCACAGUUCACCGUGAACAGCAGAAUGAAAGAAAAAAAAAGCACGACACAAUUGCAAAGCCGUAAAAUCGUAAAUCCGGUGGAUGGGUAUCAAAAAACGGAGACGGAGUGAUGACAAACACGGAUGGGGCGAGAAAUGGAAGUUUAGCGAAAUGAAGACAAGACGAUGACACACGUCGAGCCUCCCCCACCCCACCACGUUUUGGAAAGCGAGAGUUAUUAUAUGAAUUAUUUUUUAUAUUAAAGUUACAAAAAAUAAAAAUAAAA